CCCGCUUUAUGACGCCGCCGCGGAGGAGCAAAAAUCCCAAGUCGCAACACUCAAGAUCAAAGUCCCCGCCGGGGCCGAUUCCGCCUCAAUCAUGAACAAAGAAGCACCGCUCUCCAUUUCUGAGCGCGAUUUCAUCGUCAAUGCUCUGCGCGAAAAUGUGAGACUGGACGGCCGCCAUCUCGACCAGUUCCGUUCUUUGAGCGUUUCCUUUGGCGAGGAGUACGGACAUGUGAAGGUGCAGCUUGGCAAGACGAGGUUGAUCGUGCGUAUCUCCUCGGAAGUUACAAAACCUCACGAUGACCGUCCCUUCGAUGGGACCUUUACCAUCGCCCUGGAGCUGACUGCAAUGGGCUCCCCGGCUUGGGAUAAUGGCCGGCAAGGAGAUCUCGAAACCUACGUUACGAAUGUCCUCGACCGAGUUGUCCGCCACUCGAACGCCCUCGAUACGGAAUCGCUAUGCAUCCUCAAAGGUGUGAGUUGCUGGGGCGUUCGCGCGGACGUCCACAUCACCGACUACGAUGGAAACCUGAUUGAUGCGGCCUGCAUCGGCGUUAUGGCGGGACUGCAGCAUUUCCGUCGUCCCGAUGCGGUGGUGAAGGACGGCCAAGUGAUCGUCUACGGACUCGACGAACGGGUUCCGGUUCCUCUGAACAUCACGCACAAGCCGCUCUCCGUCACAUUCCAUACAUUCGACGAGGGCAAGGUGGUGAUCGUAGACGCCACGCGGAAGGAAGAACAAGCGUCGGAAGCGGACGUCAUCAUCGGUAUGAACGGCGCCGGCGACGUCUGCUUCUUGUCCAAAUUCUCCGGCUCGCCCGUGGAAGCGAUGGUGUUCGUCAAGAAAACCGAUUUGGCGCUGGAGAAGGUCAAGGAGAUCAACGCGAUCGUCGACAAGGCUCUUCAGGCCGAUCUUGCGAAACGGGCCAAGGGCGGUCUCGCGGAGCAAUCCCGCGCAGAGAAUGAUCGGUGAGCAGUUUUUGGUGAACAGGGGAUGGAAUAGUAGAGAAAAUCGAUUUAAGCAAUUGAUGUAUGAUAACCAAUAAUGCGCAAUGACUGGAUCUGAGGGUCGAAACCGACAGAGUCUAGACACUCAACAUCGAAUCCUUCUUUCACAAAUCUGAAACCACGAGGCCUUGUGGUCUCCUUUGUUUGGCGUGCGGCAGUUCUAGACGGGCAUUCAGGCCAGUUCCGAAGGACGUCAUAACUGCACGAGAUUCCAUUAUCGGACGAUCCAGACGUCUCCUGCCAUUACGGUGUAAAAAGAUCU